UGGUUGAAGGUAAUUCCACGAGGAAUGUCGGUUUUUGUCGUAAGUGAAGACUGAUGUUUUCAUGCUUCAGAGCACCAAGAAUCUCAGCGCCAUUGAUGAGAUUGUAAGCGAGUUUCUGUGAGCUCGGUGGCCAGCAAUGGAAGUCCGACUCGGUUUUCUGAUAUCGGUUACGGUCAUCUUAACGAUUAUGGACCGAUUUAACUCGGUCUCCGCUAGCUGCCAUUUCAGUGUCGUCGACGAUGACAAGCUCUAUAACUACACUUUGGACUCUCCCAUCCCUUUCUUCCCUCACGGCGUCCAAAGCGAAGAUGGGUUCUACAAGGUGGCAGCAAAUGAGACUGUGCUCUGGUUUCAGCUUUGCGAUGGAAUGAUUUUCAAUCACGACCCACCUAGAUGUGUUGAUUGCUGGGAUUGUGUGGGGGCAUCAUGCUGUGAUAUGGGUUCUAGUGCGCUUGUGUCAAAUAACAUAGGAGGUUACGAUGUGUGCACUACUAUUGGGCGUGCCUCAAGCAUGGACAUGAACAUAAUUGACAGGAAGAAUCCCAACACUGGUGUCAUUGUUAAGAUGUCAAGUAGUGGCCUGAAGUUCAACUGUUCCCUCUCUGUGUCUGUAAUUUGUGAUCCAAAUAGAGUUCAGGGGCCACAUUUACUAGAGAAAACUGGGAAAUGCGACUAUGCUACAGUAUUAACGCAUCCAUCUGGCUGUGCCAAGAUUGAACAUGUGCAUGGAAAAGCGUGGGGCUGGUUUGGUACCUUAGGAAUCAUAAUCUUAUGCCUUUUUGGAGCUUAUCUGCUGGUUGGGGCAGCUUAUCGGUAUAUAAAACUUGGAGUUCGUGGAAUACACAUUAUGCCAAACUUGGACUUUUGGACCAGCUUACCUCAAAGUACCCAGAGUCUGUUUGCAUCCUUACUGCACAAAUUUAGGGGAUCUUCUCAUGGUCAUCGAAGCACCUAUUCUCCUGUCGACUUUUGAGCAUAGAGAUAUUUGUUUUAGGUUAAGCUGGUGACUUCAUUUUGUAUCAUCUGUACUCUGCCAUCAACGUUUGGAAAACAAGAGAAAAUAGGUCAGCAUGCAGCAACAGCCUAGUGAAAGCUAGCACUUAAGCUCGGCAUGCACCAUCAUAAAAAGGGUGCCUUCUCCGUCUCACCUAUGCUUUCCAUGUUCUUUUUUUUUUUCAGUCACGAGUCAUAUUUUAGUUGUAAUGUAAAGAAAUCCUCCUUACCAAGUCCUCGUUUACUUGUUAUUUUCUUCGUACAUUGCUCAGCUGCUGUUCAGGCAAUUUUGGAUGAAUGUUUCCACAUGGAUUUUAAUAUUUCUCCGGAUAAAAUGAAAAGUGAACACAUUGGAUGUUGA